AUGUUCUCAUCCGGUGCUGAAGAUACGAAUGAAGUGGCUGAUUAUGAUAAUUACGAUGAAAGUAGGAUGCCAAAGUUGUUGGGUGACGAUCGAUGUCAAGUUCCUAUUUCGGAGCUGAUUUUCAGGAGCAGAAGAUUCUGUAAGAAUUGGUCUCACUGGCGAGAAUUGAUACCACCUCGCCGAGUUUCCGGAGCGGCCGGCGACCCGGAGGACGGAGCGCCCCGACGUUCCCCGAAGACUCGGUCGAGGAGCCGCGGCACCUGGGAGCCCCGUCGCGAAGUGCCCGUCCGAGCUCGGCGGAGCUCGCCACUCGCCAGUGCUUCCGCAGCUGCGCCACCGCCGCCACCGGAGCGACCCGGUGUCCCACCUGAGGAAUGCCGGAGCGACCUCGCCGAUGAGGCGCUCCAGGACGACCCCAAGAACCGCCAGGUGAUCCCUCGCGUGCUCCUUCGCUCCUGUGACGUGUGCACUUCUGGACCCUCGAAAAGACGGACCUCGACCCCCCUCCGGUACGCUGCCACCAAGGACUGUUCUCUGCUUUGUGACGUAUGUGCCACGCCGAUACCAAGGAAGACCCCAAGUGAUCCUCCGCACGCCACUACCGAGACACAUAUGUGCGUCGCUGUCGAGGGCGGCUGCCAGUUAGGUUUGUCGCCCGUGGUGCUGUCAUUGAACUCGCAACGCGGUCUUCGAUGCCCUGCGAGUCUUGGAUCCUCCUGCGAACUCUGGAUAAGAACUCGAGAGCUGGCUCCUGGUAGUAGGGGUCCAUUUGAGAAGGAAGACUCUCUCAGGGAGCAGUGGGACAGGGGGAAGGCGCUGCUAGUACCAGAGAGUCUACAAGACUAACAAAGAAGAUGGCCUUC